AAGAAAUGAUGACAGUGAGAGUGACAGGUGUGUCUGAUAAAUGCAUGGCCUGUAGCCUAUAUAAUGUGAAGGAGGUUGUAAAACUCUUUAUUGGUAUCUGAAAAUGCUUCUUAUUUUAUAACCUGCGCAAUGAGGGAUAACACAAAUGAAUGCAAGUGUGUUUGAUUUGGGUUGACACAACUAACUCUUAAAUUGUGUUUUGGAACCGACAGAGAAAGAAAGUGCUUUCUAGAAUACACCCCUGAUCAUACUGAGAUAACAACCUUAAUUUUACAUCCCAUAUAUGUUUAGGUGCUCAAAUAUGAUGAAUAUAUUUACUGUAAGCAAGCAGUUAGCUUUACAUUACAAGUUAAUUUAAAGGAAAAUAAUGAUAUCCCUACUGAAAAAUCCAUCAAAGACCAGCAUAAAAUAAUGACGAAAGUAGUGACGUAUAUAAAAAAGUUGGUGUGUUGUUGUUUUUUCCAGUAUAUGUUCUGCAGCUAGGAGGCAGUAUUGAAUUAGUUUAACUCUGCAUGAAUGGAAAAGUUUGAGAGACACAACACGAGUUUAUAACUAUAUCAUAACUAUUUACACAUUUUGAAAGUGAAAGUAGUGUUAAUGUUUAAAAGAGUGAGCGCACUGGAGAAAGAUCAUUGGGACCUUAAUCUUCCUCAUGGUGAAGACAAACAGAGCUGGAUGAUGGGUGCUGUUAAUGUUGUACUACUGGUCCUGCUGGUUUGGACUUCCACUGCUGUCUGUGAGGAUAAGACUGAGAUCACAGUUAACUGUGAAGAUGUGACUGCACUUGUGGGAGAUAAAAUAAAUCUCACCUGCACAGUCUCUAAUCUGAACAAAGGACGCUGUGUGAAGAUGUACAAGUUUAUUGAUCCAGCAGCAGCUGAUUACCCAACAAUCUGUAAAGAGGAAUUCAGUAAGGAUCCCUGUAAACAAGAGAGCAGAUUGUCAUGUCUUUACACUGCAAAUAAACUCAUGACAACAACAUUCACAUUCUUUUUGCAAACCAACUGGGGAAAAAAGACAACAUACUUCAGUGUGACCACAACAGGUGAAUCAAACGCAUUCAAAGGUGGAGAGGUUAAUGAAUCUACAGAGGAAACUUCUGGCCUAGAUAAUUCAUCUGUUGCCGUCAUCAUUUGUCUCUUUGUCUGUUUCGCCAUUGUGGCUGUGGCAUUGUUUCUCUGGAUGAGACGGAAGACGCCUAGACCUUCACAUGAUUGUAAUACAGCUACAUGUGAACAUAACAUCAGUGAGCAUUGUGAUAGAGAAGCAAUGUUGAAAGAAACAUCAGUGAAUGUUCAGAUAGAGAAACCGUGUCAGUGUAACAACAGCAUCACAUCAAGCUAAUAUUCAUGUUUUAACCAAAGCUCAUGCAGGAUUAUGAAUCUUUAAUGUUAUACAGUCCUCAUCAGAUCUGCUGGUCACCAAUAAGAAUCCAUAUAGAUAAACGUUUUUGUGUACCAGAUCAAAUCUAAUGACUGUUGAAUGAUAAACAACAGUACUGAAUUAUUAUAGGACUGUGAUUGUAUGGUUUAAUAGGACUAAAGCUAUGUUUUCUGUGUUGUAUAUAUUUCUGUGAAAUAUGAUUGUUAUUGAUCUGUGAACUGUACAGAGUGUAUAUACAGCUUAAAUGUAAAAUGACUUGUGCUUCUUUCUGCAUAGGAAAUCAUUUUAAAAUAAUCACGUGACCUGUGAAAACUUAAUACUAAGAUGCACAGACUAAUCUUUUGAGUCUCAUUUAUCAAACGCUUCAAUCUCUGCAUUUGGUGUUGGUGAUGUUAAUGUCUGUUUUAAAACUUUCUGCAUCUUCAAACUAAUUUUUGUAUCCAAUCAUGUUUGUCAUGAUUAUAUUGAAGUUUUGGGAUGACAUGAAUAAAGUUUUGUGAUACUCUGUAAUAAUUAAUGUCUGAUC